UACAGCAGAAGAUUUUACUAUAAUUUUACAUAAAAGAUUCACAGUUUAGUACAUAAUGUACAGAAAUACAUGUCAAUACUCUACAAACAUUCCACAUAUGAUUAAUUAAUUUGCAAAACAAACCAAAUCAGAAGACUUAAAACAAGCAGGGUUGCUACAGUAACAGGGUAAACAACACAGAGAAAACAGCACUCAGCUGCUCUGUGUAGUGCUACCAUAGCAACUGUUAAACAAGAAGCCUGUGGGCAGUCAGAGAAAAUGUCAGCUCAGAGAAAGGAAAGAGCAGCUGAGGGGAGCAAGGAGGUUUCGGCAAAGGAGAAGGAAAGGAGGAGAGCUGAGGAGGAGGACUUUGAGGGGGUAAUAAGGGAGACUACCUCCACAGCUGCUGCAAGAAGAAAACUACCCAGACAACAAAUCAUUCUCAACAUCCCGGAAGUGGUGGAUGACUUCCUGAGGAACUUCCUCCGCAGAGCUUGUAUGACCCGAACUCUCAACAGCUUUGAAGUCGAGUGGAACAGCUUGACACAGGUAUCCCUGACAGGAACCCUGUCAACGGGAAUCUCAUUCAUCCCUGAUGCUCUCACGCACAGGCAGAUCCUUCAGAGGGAGCUGGACACAGUCCGCGCAGAAACAGACCUGCUGAGACAGGAGGUGCUGGUGGCAGGGGAGAGUCUGGUGAAGAUGCAGCGAGAGAGAGACUUCCAUCAGCUGCAGUACCAAAAAGUGGCUGAGGACAAAAAUAAGUUGAUCAAGGACUUCAAGCAGCUGAAGAAACACCUGGAGUCUUAUAAGCCAGCGCUGAGGCAGCUGGACGAAAAAUUUCAAACAGCUCUGAGGCAGAAAAUGCUUAUAAGUUUAGAAAAAGACAAACUUCAAAACACCUCAGAAGCAAGAGAACAUCAGGAGAUUAAAAACAAGAGCAACAGCCCUGAAAAAUCGACAGCAAAAAGUCCCAUUAAGAGACACCCAAAAGACUCGGAGUUUCCCAUCUGCAGCAGGCAGGUGAACCCUCAGGUGCAAUCUCAGAAAUGGAAAGACCCCAGCUCCUUCAUCCUGUCCUGCUCCAUCAGAGCCCACAAGCUUCCCAGCAGCAGCAUCAGCCUCCAUCCACAAAAAAUGAUCCUUGCCUCUGCCAGUGAUGACCACAGCUGGAGGCUGUGGGCACUGCCGGCCAAUGGAGAGAAGGUUGGUGAGAUGAUGCUGUCAGGUGCCGGUCACUCUGAUUGGUUGUCUGGCUGCAGUUUUCACCCUGAUGGAUCAAAACUGGCAACUACCAGUGGGGACACCACAGUGCGGCUCUGGGAUUUCUCUCGUGGCUGCUGCGUGUUGUCACUGACUGGUCACAGCCAGCCCACAUGGGGCUGCUCCUUCCACUCCUGCGGUCAUUUCCUGGCUUCCUGCUCUGCCGACAGGACCGCCAAGCUAUGGGACCUGAACAGCCAGCGUUGUCGCCUCACACUGCGUCGCCACACCGCCUCCAUCAACAGUGUCUGCUUCUUGCGUUUCUCCAACUUCCUCCUCACCUGCUCGGCUGACAAAACCCUUGCCCUGUGGGACGCCAGGCUGGGCAUUUGCACUACCACCUUCCAUGGACACCUGCAUCCUUGCAACCACGCUGCAGUCAGCCUGGCUGGUGACACCGUGGCCUCCUGUGACACCUGUGGUGUUGUCAACCUGUGGGACAUCAGAAAGCCUGUGUCAGCAACAGCUACUGUAGAUGCUGGACCGCUGGCUGCCAACCAGGUGGUGUUCUGCCCAUCAGGGAAGAUGCUGGCGAUUGCCAGCAGUGAUGGUUUGGUCAGACUGGUGGAGGUGGAUUCCUGUGCAGUGAGGAGCCUGUCAGGACACAGAGAUAGUGUGCAGUGCGUGACAUUUGAUCACACGGGGGAAACUGUGAUGUCAGCAGGGAGUGACGGGCUGAUUAACAUGUGGUCAUGACGUAAACAUAAUGUGAAAAAAAAUUUUUUAAAUGGAAGUGAAACCGUCUGUUGUUUCAGAUGAGGAACAGUUUGGUUUGCUGCCAGUUUGUUGAAAACAGAUGAAUUUAAGAAUUCUUCUUGUCCAAAUGCAAAGGCUGAUAAAACUUGUAACGAGGCUAUAAUACCUAAGUUUCACAGUAUCUACUACCAUCUAUCUUUUUAAAGAAAU